AUGACGUCGCUCUCGCUCGAGACCCGUGUCCACGCCGAGCGUGGCUCCGUCGACGAACUCAUACUCGACGUCCAUCUCACAACUCUUCGCAAGUCGGCUGAUAAUGACGACAAGAAAAUGCACGUCUUGAGAUCUAUCCUCGACAAUGAUAGGGCAACACGUCGCAAUAAUCCCGCCGCGAUCAACGCUGUUCCCGAUGAUGAAGUAGUAGAUGAACCGCAGCAACAGGUCAACGAGGCCUUUAUUGCGUCAACCGAGGGAGAUCAUGCGCAGCCAAGCCCCAGCAGAUCUCCUGUGUAG